AAGGCCACAACCGGCACUAGUUUCCAGUCUGCAUCUGCGAGGUUUGGAUGGUUUCGAUGGGCGGUCCCAAAGCUCGAGGACAUUCCUAGGUCGUUGUCGCCGUUUUCCGUUUCGAAACUGACAAGUUCUCCAGUUGCAGAAAGCCGAUUUAACCGGUACACCGGGAUUCGAGUGCAUUUUUGUGAAACCGAUCACAUUUGUCUGGGGGAAAACCAAACUGCGAAGGGGUAACUGUAAGCCCGUUUCUAAACACCCGCCCACAGAAAACUCCUUUCGGAAGCAGUGUUGUGGAAAUUUACCGUGCUUAACUUGGUUGCGUGAAGCAUUACCAAUCGCUAAAACGAAGGUCUAUCAAUUUCAAUUAGCUUAAUAAAAGUGUCACAGGUGAUAAGACAAGGUUGUUCGAAAACCAGUGCAAAGCAGAUUGCCAUUGCUGUACAGUUGAAGGUGAAAUUAAGUCUUCAACGACCCCGGCUUACCGAUUGUAUGGGACUUUUGUUGCCGGUUUCUAUGGAAAAAUCCAGAUGAACAACCUUUCGAAGACAGCUAGUCCCCAUCAAAGAUAAGCGCGCGCUUGUGGAUAGAUCGAAUUUGAAAACCAACAAAGUUGCUACUUAGAAAACUGGUUGGAGAGUAAAAAAAAAAACAGUCGAGACGCAAACCAGUCGGUGUGAUAAAUUUUUCCGAAUACUCGCGCUCUCGAUUGGAAGCAACCUAGCGUUGAAACUCAUACCUAUCUAGCAGCCAAACAGCUGAUUACCCGCCACCCACAAACACUACUGCUGGGAGGGAGAAACAUAAUCAUACUUGAGGCGUAUUUGUGGUUGCCAUUUUCAGAUUAAACUCAGUCUCAGACAUCCAACUCAGAUUCAGCUCCCACUACCACUGAGAUAUGACCGAAUGAGUGACAUCUAGCGAGCACUUAAGAGAGCUUGACUCAAAUCCGCAGUCAGCUGUCAAUCGAACGUGCGCUCGUCAACAGAUCGGAUCGGUUUUCGCGAGUCGGCCGCUUCUUGGAAGCAUCUUGGACGAUCGUUCAAAGGCGAAGAAGAGUGGUGAGACUAGGAAAUCGUGUGAACUAAAUAAAAAAAAACAACAUCACCAAUACCAAACACACCUGAAACAUCAAACAUCAAACCCUACUAUCGGUAUGGAUCUGUUAACGCGAUCGGUAUUCGUAUUCGGAACCAAACGGUUUAAGGCGCUGCUGCUGAUCCCAAGAAUGGGCUCGUUUACCUCGGCACCGCAGAUCAAGAACAUCGACUGCCAGGACGAUCAGCUGCAGAUUUCGGACGGGAUGUCCAUUCCGGAACUGAUGGAGUUUUGCCGGGAGGCUCGGGGCCACCAUCGGGCGCCACUGGUGAGGCGUAAAUUUUUGCGCCCCGAUGAACGCACCGGGCGGCCGGAUCUGACCGAUGGGUUCCGGAUGCUGAAGCUGGAUGCCAUUUCCAAGACAUGUAGUGAACCAGAGACAAAUCCAGCUCAGCUUCGAAUCUUCCAAUGGAAUAUGCUCUCACAAACACUCGGUAUGCACAACGAUGGAUUCGUACGAUGUCCAAUCGAUGCCCUCACCUGGGACUGUCGGCGGUAUCAAAUCAUACAGGAAAUAGUACAAAACGAUCCAGACAUCAUCUGUCUGCAGGAAGUAGACCACUUCAAGUUCCUCCAGAAGAUUCUGGCCACUCAGAACUACGCAGGAGUGUUCUUCCCGAAGCCGGACUCGCCUUGUCUCUACAUCAACGGCAACAACGGUCCGGAUGGUUGUGCCGUAUUCUACAAACAGGAUCGCCUAGAAAUGGUCAAUUAUUUUACCCGCGUGUUGGAGGUUUGGCGCGUCCAAAGCAAUCAGGUUGCGAUAGCAGCUUUAUUCCGAACCAGAGACACCAAGCAGGAGAUAUGCGUUACGACCACACAUCUGAAGGCCCGCAAGGGAGCGCUGCUUUCGAAGUUGCGCAACGAACAAGGAAAGGAUCUGCUCGGUUUUAUUGACGGAGUAGCAGAACGGAGGCCAGUUAUAGUUUGUGGAGAUUUCAACGCCGAACCCAUUGAACCCAUCUACAGUACCGUAUUGAACUACAAACCCUUGGGUCUUUCGAGUGCCUAUUCAGAUCUUUUGGCGCAGGAACUGGCAUCGGGGCGGAUAGAUCCGUCCCAGUCCGUCAGUAAAAUCCCUCACAGACCUAGCAUUGAUUCCAACCAUAGCGUUGACGACGAUUGCAGUAUUAGCUCAACCGGACGAACCCUGGCGGAACUUUCGGCUUCCAGCGAACCGGCCUACACGACCUGGAAAAUCCGCGAGGAGGGCGAAGUUUGCCACACGAUCGACUACGUGUUCUACUCCAAAGAUAAGCUCACGAUCAAAAACUGCCUCAUGUUCCCGAGUGGCGAAGAAAUUAGUCCGGAUCGAACGCCCAGCUAUCAGUACCCGUCGGAUCAUUUUUCGCUGCUUUGUGACUUUGAACUGCAAUCCUCGAGCGAAAAGAGCAACGGAACUGGAAGCCCUAGUGAGACUAGCAACAGCAGCAGCAACGAGGGCAGUCUUCAAUCCGAAAAAGCCCAACUUUAAAAGUGAAAAGUUUUAAGAAAAAGUUUUAAUUUGUAACACAGCGGGUUUCUGCAGAGCAAAUUAGAAUGCUUCCUACGAACCGAGAGUAUCAAACUAGGGUGAAGUUAAGAGAGUUUCAUAUUGUUGAGCCCUAGGCUUUGAAGGCUCCUGACCGAGAAGUCGAAUGAUUUUUAUGUUGUAAUAUGUAUAAACAGAAAACGAAUCCUCUGGAGGAAUGGUGAGAGCAAUUUAUUUUUCUAACAAACGGUAAACUUUGAGUUUGACUUAUCAGUUUAGUUCAAAGAGUUGAUUGGCGUUAAACAAAAGUGGAUACUAAAACAUUGAAAACACACAAAACAUGUACAUUUUGUGAUAAACUAGUUGUGAUAUUAAGUGGAUGUUAAACUUAAUUACAAAUCAGUUGACUUCCAUCAGAUGAAUCCCGUGAAUUUUAUUUAUCAUUUGAAUAAUAAGAACCAUAGAAUUGAAAACAGAACACUGAUUUCCGCAUGUAUAUGAGAGUAGUUAAGAAAAAGCGCCAUAUGCUUGUAACUUAGUUAGGUAGAGCCGAGUUAGGGUGAGUGUUCCAAUUGAAGUUUUUCUAAACCUAUGCAUAAUUUAUGAUAGACUAUAGUUGGUACAUGCACGAUAACGAUUAAUCUUAACGCAAUUAAUUGAACAAAGCUUUGGAUGCAACUGUUGUCGAAGAAAUAUGUCAAUUUAUAAGAUAAACAAAACAAAACAACUGACAAGACAACCUCGUAGCAAUGGAACGAAAUCCGAGAUAAAAUUGGAAAUAAAACUUAACGAUAUUAAAA